GCUUUGAGCUAGCGACUCUCUGAGCUCUCUGGCUGUGUGUGUCAGUAGGCUGCUGUGGUGCAGACCGUAGCCUAGCCACGUUAGCCACCCUCCACCACCUCCACAGCUUAGUCAGCCAGCACCUCCGGUGUGCUUCGGCUGCAGUUAGGCUCUCCAGUCUCUGAGUGUCUCUGUCUGCAGCUGAGGAUUUUCUGCCUCUGCAAGGAUUCGCUCUCUUUCUUGCCAAAGCAGAGGGAGAAAGAGAGGGAGAGAGAGUAAGACGGGAGGGGGAAGCGAAACAGCGGGCCAGCAGUGACCUUCGUGGUGUGGUGGCAAAGCAGAAGAGGAACCGGGGAACGUGCAUAGGAUCCAUCAGGUGCCCUUUCCGUCUUUGAGGAGCAGUGAUAUGGACACCAGGUGUGGUGACGUCCAGCUCUCUGUGGGUGUGUGUGGGAUGUUGUGUCAGGGCUAAAGCCCGUCCCUCUCCCAUGAGCCUGUGUGCCCACACACACACCUGGCGCCUCCACGCACACACCCGGCGCCCAUACACGCACAGCCGGCACUGACGCUGUGAACUGGACCCCCGGAGCCCAGCCGAGCCAAGCGGAGCGGACUGUAGCCCAGUUGGAGCCUGAGGAUGUCAACAGAGACAGAGCUACAGCCAGCUGUCAGGCCCGGCAGCGUCAGACGGGACUUCAAGAGGAAAGGGCAGGAUCGCAGCGAGGCGGCUCUCAUCAGGCGUUUUAAGGGCGAUGGUGUCCGCUACAAGGCCAAGCUUAUCGGCCUGGACGAGGUCACUGCAGCCCGUGGAGACAAACUGUGCCAGGACUCGAUGAUGAAGCUCAAGGGUAUAGCAGCGGCAGCACGGUCUAAAGGAGAACACAAACAGAAGGUGUUUCUGACUGUUUCCUUUGGAGGGAUCAAGAUCUUUGAUGAGAAGUCAGGGGUCCUCCAGCACCACCAUGCGGUCCACGAGAUCUCCUACAUAGCCAAGGACAUCACGGACCACCGAGCCUUCGGCUACGUCUGCGGGAAGGAAGGGAACCACCGUUUCAUGGCUAUCAAGACCGCACAGUCGGCUGAGCCUGUGAUCCUGGACCUGCGGGACUUGUUCCAGCUCAUCUAUGAGAUAAAGCAACGAGAGGAGAUGGAGAAAAAGGCCCAAAAAGACAAGCAGUGUGAGCAGGCGGUCUACCAGACAAUACUGGAGGAGGAUCUGGAGGACCCGGUCUACCAGUACAUUGUGUUUGAGGCGGGACACGAGCCCAUCCGUGACCAAUCAGAAGAGGGCAUUUAUCAGGUUCCCACCAGUCAGCAGAAGGAAGGGGUCUAUGACGUCCCAAAGCGACACCCAAAGAACGGACAUCAAAACACUCCCCUCCACCACCAUCACCAUCAUCAACAACAUCAUUAUAAUCAUGAUCGGCCCCUCCAGCAAGAACAAACUGCACUACAGCAGCAGGCAGUGGCAGAUCUGAUAGACUUAGAUCUGGAAAUGGUGACUCAGAAUAUCAACCAAUUAGAGAUUUUUGGAGACAUGUCCACACCGCCCGACAUCACCUCUCCAUCGACCCCCGCCUCUCCAGCUAACACCCUCGACCCCUCGCAGGGCCUGCUGCCUCCCACGGAACUGUUUGCUCCCUUCAAUCCCGCGUCUGUGCCCUCAGGUUAUGUGACGAUGGGAGCAGUACCCCCCGGCCACUGGUCCCAGCAGGCGUUUGCUGCCCAGACACCCCUGGCCUUCGGGGUCCAGUCUCCUCUAGGUCCGGUAGCCCAGGUGCUGCCAGGCGGCCAGCCUCUUAUCUGGGGCCAGGCCAACAUCUUCCCUGCCACCCAGCAGCAGUGGGCAGCCAUGGCAGCCGGAGCCUUCUCUCCCACAGCCUACCUCCCUGCCCAACCUGUGGGCACUCUGCCUGCCGCCAUGUUCCAGACUCUCACCCCCGUCACGACUGUGACUCCAGCUGGCGAGAGCCAUUCAGGUGCUGGAGCCAGCGCUGCAGCUCUCUCCCCUUCAGCGUCGUCGAGUCCGCAGCACGGGGAGAGGGCAAGGAAGAUAGGAAAGGAGAUGUUCAAGGAUUUUCAGCUGGCGAAACCUCCGGCAAUGCCGCUGAAGAAGGGUGAACAGCCCGGCUUAGCGGGAACCUCAGAGGCAUUCAGCACUUACUUCAGCCGUGUGGGCACUGCCCAGGACACGGACGACUGUGACGACUUUGACAUUUCUCAAAUGAAUCUGACGCCAGUCACCUCCACGACACCGUCCACCAACUCACCACCCACCCCAGCUCCCAGGCAGAGCUCUCCCUCCAAGUCCUCCGCCUCCCAUGUCAGUGACCCCCCCACCGACGCCACAGACCCCCCCACAGAUGACUCGUUUGGGGAAGCAGAGGGCAGCCCUAGUCGCAGUGGAGAGGAAGAUGCUGCGUGUGGUUCUGGGUCGCCCUGCCCCAGUGAGACAGCAGAGCCCAGCCCAGACCAGGCCAGUCCAGAGGCUGGGAGCUAGAUAGCAGCAGGGCAGGAAGGGAAAGGACCCUCUCUACGCCCAGAUCAACAAAGGGAAGAAAUAAAGAGACACACAGGAAGACCUGACCAGCACCGAGAGAACAGGAGGAGAUCCCGCACCCGUGUGUGUGUGUGUUUGUGUGUGUGUGUGUGUGUGUGUGUCUGGCACAUCUCCCUGCCUGGCCAAGCCCUUCUUCUUCUCCUCCGGCUAACAACCUCCCAGGAAGAGCCUCCUCUGUCCUCCUUCUCUCCUCCUGAGAGAAGAGAGCUCUCUCGGUCAUUCGCUGCAGGCAGGAGGGAUAUCAAUCACUGAGAUGGAUCCAGUUCUCCCUCCACUGUGCUGUCUUCUCCUCUCCUCUCUUCUCCCUGUGGCGACUCACACCCAGCCUUACAGACAUAACCUGCUCCUCCCUUCUCUCCAUUCUCUCCCUCCCUCCUCCUUUCUGUCUUCGCUCUCACACUCCUCCCUCUGCCUCCUGUGUCUGGCCAGAGACUGUGCUGCCAAGGAGGGACUGAAUCAAGCAGUGCCUCCAUAUCGCUGACACCCACACAAACGCACACACACACACACAC